AUGUUCAAGGACGUGGUCGACCGGUCAAACGAACUUCCCAGGAUCAAGCUCUACCAUCUGGAGAAGGCCUUGAUUGGAAGCGCUCAGGGUGCGAUCGACGACAAAACCAUUCAGGAUGGGAAUUACGCGCAUGCCUGGGAGAUUUUGGAGGAGCAGUACGGGGACAAGCGGCGGAUGAUCGAUCUGCACAUCGGUGGCAUGCUACGAGUCCAGAAGCUGGCCAAAGAGAGCCACGAGGAGCUGAGGUCACUCGUGCAGAACUUCAACGGCCACGUCGAGAACCUCAAGUUCCUUGGCCAGCAGUUCAUCGGAGUGUCCGAACAGAUCGCCGUCUACCUCCUGGCACAUGCCCUGGACGACGCCACGUACAAGCUCUGGGAGGCAACGAUCAAGCGAGGAGAACUUCCGAACUACGAAGUGGCCAUCCAGUUCUUGAAGGAUCGAGUCUCCGUUCUGGAACGGUGGGAGAAAACCAACGAAGCGGCACCGAAGCAGCGACAACCAUCCAAGCCAUACUCCAGCAAGCCAACCCAGAAGGCCAACGCGGCCACAACAUCGUCGCAGCCGGAAUCCCGGUGCGAAGUCUGCGCUGAGCCACACCAAACCUUCAAGUGCGCGACCUUCCUCGGAUACACGGUAGCCCAGCGCAAGGACAAGGCGAGGGAGAAGAACCUGUGCUACAACUGCCUGCGGCCUGGACACUCGACGAAAAGGUGCUCGUCGAAGUACACCUGCGGAAAGUGUCAACGGCGGCACCACACCACGCUGCACGAACCACGAGAGCAGCAAGAAUCUACGACGAAGCCGGCCACUCCCCAGAGUGUGGCCACACCAGUGAAUCAGCCACCAGUGAACCAACCCGCUGGUCCGGCUCACCCGACGUCCAGCCAAGCAACCUGUAACCACUCCCAGGCGGUCAAGACAGUAAUGCUACUGACCGCGGUCGUCAAUCUGCUCGACGACCAGAGCCAGCCUGUGCCUUGCCGCGUCCUACUCGACAAUGGAUCACAGGUGAAUUUUAUUACGCAAUCGAUGGCAAACCGCUUAAAACUAGAACGAGUGGCCGCAAACGUCCCCAUCUGCGGCAUCGGAGCUGUCAAGACGUACGCCAAGGAGUCGAUCACGGUCGAGCUCCGCUCUCGGAUCAGCAGCUUCUCCGUCGACGUCGAUUGCUUCAUCGUACCAAAGGUGACCGGAAUGGUUCCAGCUGUACUGGUCGACAUCAACGAGUGGCCGAUUCCCGUCGGCAUCCAGCUGGCCGACCCAGAAUUCAACAAGCCGGACCGCAUCGACAUGCUUCUGGGAGUAACUAUGUUUUUCCGGUUGCUAAAAACGGGACAGAUGGAGUUGGCUGGAAAUCUACCGGAACUGCGCGAGACUCACCUCGGUUGGGUCAUCGCCGGAGAUGUUGGAUACACAGCACCAAGCCCGCAGUACACACACACUGCCACACUCGACGACAUCAACGAAGCGAUCCAGAGAUUCUGGCAGGUCGAGGACAUCGAAAGUGUCACACAAGUUUCCACCGAGCAAGAGGAAUGCGAGGCGUUCUUCGCGUCCACCCACAAGCGGGAUACAACCGGCAGGUACGAGGUACGCUUGCCAUUUCGUCCGGUCGUCGCAAAGCUCGACGACAACCGCAGCCUCGCUCUUCGGCGCUUCCUGUCGCUGGAGCGGCGACUCGCCCGGGACCCAAACUUGAAGCUGCAAUACGGUGAGUUCAUUAGGGAAUAUGAGGAACUGGGGCACUGCAAGUCGGUUGACGAGGCCGACGACUUACCAAACACGAGCCGCUACUACAUGCCCCAUCACGCGAUCCUACGCCCCUCGAGCUCUACGACCAAGUUGCGGGUCGUAUUUGACGCAUCUGCAAAGAUGUCUCCUACGAGCGUGUCCCUGAACGAAGCCCUUCAGGUCGGAGGCACUGUCCAGAGCGAUCUGUUCUCCAUCCUCCUUGCCUUCCGGAAGCACCCCGUCGCCUUCACUGCAGACCUCUCGAAAAUGUACCGCCAGAUUCGAGUGGCCCCGUCUGACACCCGCUUCCAGCGAAUCUUCUGGCGGGCCGAUCCAUCUGAGUUCAUCCGGGUCCUGGAACUCACCACGGUGACUUACGGUACGGCGUCCGCUCCCUUUCUUGCCACGCGAUGUCUGGUCCAGCUCUGCGACGAUGAAGGUGAACAUUUUCCGCUAGCUGCCAAAAUUGUGCGCGAGGCCUGCUACGUCGAUGACAUCCUCUCUGGUGCGAGCUCUCCCGAAGAAGCAAUCGAUUGUCUGACGCAACUGCAAGGCCUGCUCGGUCGCGGUGGAUUUCCCAUCCACAAGUGGACAUCCAAUGAGCCGGUGGUGAUGGAACGCAUCCCUGAGUGUGAUCGCGAGAAGCUGAUCGACCUGGACGGUUUGGUCGGCGGUGUGGUCAAGGCCCUGGGGCUCUACUGGAGUCCAGGAGACGACGAGUUCCGUUUCACUGUUACGCAAGCCGAAGCUGAUGCCACCAAGCGCCGUGUUCUCUCGGAGAUCGGCAAAUUCUACGACAUACUGGGACUCCUGUCGCCAGUAAUCAUCAAGGCCAAGAUCCUGAUGCAGCGAGUCUGGCUUGCUGGUCUUUCUUGGGACGUUCUGUUGGAAGGCGGGAUGAUGGACACGUGGCACCAAUUCCAGUGUGCACUUCCUGACGUGCGCGACAUCCGUAUCCCUCGGUACGUGAUCGGGCCUGGCAACCCGGGCCUAGAGCUUCACGGAUUCAGCGACGCCUCCAAGGUCGCCUACGGUGCGGUGACCUACGUUCGCAGUCUGCUCCCGAACGGCAAGUGCAAGAUGAGGCUGCUCUUCAGCAAAUCGAAGGUGGCGCCAACCAAGCCACUGGAUAUCCACCGACUGGAACUGCUUGCCCUCCGACUGCUCUCGAAACUGGUGGUGAAGGUCAUCGCUGCGCUGAACCUACCCUUCCGACACGUGGUGCUGUGGUGCGACAGCCAAAUCCGGAGAGAGACCGGCGGCUUCAUCUUCAAGUACAUUCGUUCCAAGGACAACCCGGCCGAUCUGAUCUCGCGCGGCAUGUUUCCUGCCGCCCUGAUGAAAUGCAGUAAGUGGUGGGAAGGUCCACAGUUUUUGGAGUCCGUCGAGUACGAGGAAGAGCCUGAAAUCGAGAUACCGGACAGUGAGUUGCCUGAGAUGCGUAAGGUGAAGUUGGUUACCCUGCUGGCCUGCAACACGACCGAGUUUCCGAUUUUCGAGAACUGCAGCUCAUUCCGGAAGCUGCAACGGAUAAUGGCGUACGUGCUGCGUUUCGUGACCAACUGCAGGCUCAAGAACUCCACGGAACGAACCCGUCUACGCCAUCUAACCAUCCCUGAACUGCGGUCGUCCCUGAAGCUGAUCGUGAGAGUUGUGCAGCACGACGUGCUGUCUCAAGAAAUCAACACGUGGCCGAGAACGACACGGCCGGGCGUCUCCAAGGCCAAGCACCAGCUGAUCCUGCCCAAGCACCGAGUUACCAACCUGAUUGUCAAGGCCUUCCACGAAGAGCACCUGCACGCGGGGCCGUCGUCCCUGCUCGCGAUCCUGCGCAGACAGUUCUGGCUGCUCGACGGACGGUCGACAGUUCGGAGCGAGACGAGAAGCUGCGUGACGUGCUUCCGCGCGAAGCCACGCAGUACGAGCCAGCUGAUGGGAAGACUGCCGUCCUGCCGAGUGACGGAGAACCUUCCGUUCGACGAGGUCGGCGUGGACUACGCCGGUCCAAUUCUUGUGAAGGUAGGAACCCGAAAGCCGCAGAUCGUCAAGGCAUACUUUGCCGUCUUCGUGUGCAUGGCAACCAAGGCGAUCCACCUCGAGCUGGUCUCGGACCUCACGACCGAAGCAUUCCUGGCCGCCCUCCAGCGCUUCGUCAGCAGACGCGGGGCCAAGACUGAACUGCACGAGCUGUACGUUCUUUUCAACGAGCGCGAAUUCAACGACCGGGUCCAGACGUACUGCCAGCCCAAGGAGAUCACCUGGUCGUUCAUCCCACCCGGCGCGCCGAACUUCGGUGGCCUUUGGGAGGCCGCUGUAAAGAGCACGAAGUAUCACCUGAAGCGGAUCCUCAAACACGCCAAGCUUACCUUCGAGGAGUACGCCACCGUGCUCGCGGAGGUCGAGGCCGUGCUCAACUCCAGACCGCUCUUCGCUACAUCCACCGACCCAGCAGAUCCAGAAGUCCUGACGCCGGGACACUUCUUGAUUGGCCGCCCUCUCACAGCCAUUCCGGAACAGGCGUACGAGGGAAUACCGACGAACCGGCUGUCCAAGUGGCAGCACCUGCAGCUCUUGCGCGAACACUUUUGGAGAGCCUGGAGACGGGACUACUUGACGACCCUCCAGCCAAGAGGAAAGAACCGGAAGGAGAAGCCAAACGUCCGUCCGGGAAUGGUGAUCCUGCUGGAGGAGAAAGACGCGCCACCGUUGGAUUGGAAGAUGGGAAUCGUGAUGCAGACCUACCCUGGACCGGACGGUUUCGUGCGAACUGCGGACGUGAAGGUCGGUGGAACCGUCAUCCGGCGACCGAUCUCAAAGCUAUCCGUGUUACCAAUCCUGGACAACGAGCCGGAAAAAUCUGCUGAGUCUUCGUCCCAGCCCGGGGGGAGGAUUUCGAACAAUAAGUACAGUCCACCCGUGAGUAUUCCGCCGUUUUACGUGGGGCCAACGUGCCGGCCCGAACACGUACUAGUACAACCAUUUCGACAAGCCACGACGGAUUCGCUCGUUCCGUUCGUUGAAAACAUGCUGUUUUUGCUGUUCGGGGUUUCGGAAGUAAUCCUCACAGAUAACGGGACACAAUUCACGUCCAAACUGUUCCAAGAACUGUUGAGUCGAUAUCACGUAACCCACUGGAGAACGCCGAGUUACCAUCCGCAGAUCAACGAUUCGGAGAGAGCCAACCGGGUGAUAACAACCGCCACCCGGGCCACGAUCAAGAAGAACCACAAGGAUUGGGCGAACAACAUCCAGACGAUCGCCAACGCCAUCCGGAACUCGGUGCAUGACGCGACGAAGUACACGCCCUACUUUAUCCUGUUCGGGCGUAAUAUGGUCUCGGACGGAAGAGAGUACCGUUGCAUGAGGGACACGUCGAUUGAUAGUGGGAGUCUGAACAACGCUGAGCGGGAGAAACUGUACGCCGACGUCAAGGAGAAUCUCAAGAAGGCAUUCGAGCGGCACUCGAAAUACUACAACCUCAGGUCAAACGUGAAGUGUCCGCAAUACACGGUCAACGAGAAGUUUCUGAAGAAGAACACCGAACUUUCCGACAAGGGUAAGGGUUACUGUGCCAAACUUGCGCCUAAAUACGUUCCUGCACUGGUCAAAAGAGUAGUGGGCGAACACUGCUACGAUCUAUAA